ACAGAAGAGAGAGUGACUGACUGCACUUGCUGCUUCACUGCCCCAUGCUCGCUGACUCUCCCUCCCUCCCAGGCGCACUCUCUCCUAUCAUACACCUCCACACACACACACAGACAGACACCAGCUUUUAUUCAAGUCUCUCUCAGCUACGGGUCAGCAGCUCCCACCCGCACCUUCCUCCACUCCAGCUGGAAGGGACCAGGCAUUGCAGGUGCACAUAGGUGCAUCCACACUGACAGAAACACAUCCUUGGACUCUAUCUGGAAAAGAGAAGACUUGAAGAUAAGGAAAAGAAGCAACUUUUGGGAAACUUUCAGAAAGGAAACUUACAACAUCAGGAUGCAAAAAAGUCAGGAGGAAGAUGAAGCCAGGAAAAUUUUCUGACAGAUGUUUAGGAUGGCCGUGACAUCUUUGUAAGCCUCCGACAUCUGAAGGACCUGCAGCAUCUUGUUUGAUUGCAGACUCCACUUUGAUUACCCCUCAAAGGGCAUCUCCUAGACAUCAGCAUGCUGGCAACCCCAGGGUGCACAUUGGGAGUCUGACCCACCAUGUGCAGAUGGACGACAUCCGCAGCCCACUUCAGUCCUGAACCUGCCCUCAGUACAGCAGCUGGCCCCUCCAGCGGGCAGCUCAGCCCCCUGCCCAGUGCAGCCUCCCUUUGCCUGGCAUGUCUCACCCUGCUUGUGCUCAGCGCUGGCACUGCCACAGGGGCCUGUGCUCCUGGGGUACGGCAUGAGUCCGUCCAGGGGCUCGCCACAGCAAUCAACUGUUCAUGGACUUUGGAAAGGCAUACUCGCAGCUACAAUCACCUGGAGGGAGAUGUCCGACUGCGGCGACUUUACUCUGCCAACAAGUUCUUCCUGUGCAUUGAUAAAACAGGCAAAGUGGAUGGCACCCGGCGGAAAAACUACGCAGACAGCCUGAUGGAAAUCCGAUCAGUCAGUGUUGGAGUUGUUGCCAUCAAAUCUGUCAGCACCGGUCUGUACUUAGCCAUGUCCAAGAAAGGCACGCUCUUCGGAUCGGUGAAGUACAACCCGAGCUGCAGGUUCAAGGAGCGCAUAGAGGAGAAUGGAUACAACACUUAUGCCUCCCUGCGCUGGAAACAUGGCGGCCGGCAGAUGUUUGUGUCUCUGAAUGGGCGAGGGAAACCAAGGCGAGGUCAUAAGGCCCGGAGGAGGCACCCAUCCACUCACUUCCUGCCCAUGCUCCCCUCCUAGCUGCUCAUCAUGGACUACUAUUUGCCCUGUGUACAUUUGUUUUUAUAACUUUUAUUGAGCUAGUCAAAAUGUUUAAGUUAUUUUCUUUGAGUUUUUAUUGUUAUUCAGUGCAACAUAAGUUAAGCUAUGCUCAGGCUUGACAAUAGUUACUGACCAUUGCGUGUAUUGUAUGAAGCUUUACAGAAUAUGCAAUUCCAUAACAUGCUCAACAUAAGCAAUAAUACGUUAUCAGCAAUAGCUCUCUUACUUUAGCUCUGCCAGCAAGACUCAUCAACUUCAACAACCAAUAAUCA